AUUAACCCUCUUUUUCGCCCAGAAUCUUUCUCCUUUCACAAAUCAUAUUGUAUAUAGUCCGAUCGAAUUAAUCAAACGAAAGAUUUUAAUUAUUAUAAGAAAACUGAAAGAGAGAGCAUCUCUGCUUUUUCAAAAUCAAAAUUUUUGGAUUUGGGAAUUUUCGUUGGAGUAAAAAAGCUUCGUGCUUGGUGCAUCAUCGAUUGUGGGUUUCUCUUCUUCUUUCGCUUUUCGGGUCGCUUUCUAGAUCUCUCUUAGGCUUCUGAUUUGAUCAUCUCUUCUACUUCUCCCUCUCGCUUCUUCAGGGAAGAAGAGUUUGUUUUUCUUUAGUUGAAUUGUGUUUGUUGUCCUCUGCGAUAUCGCUUUUUCUGAGCAUAAACUGGUUUGAUGGAUGAUGAUGAUAUGGAGUUUGAGGAAGAAUUUUUGAUGAUCUGUGUGUGGACCUGACCAAUACAAUAAUCUUUUUGGGGCUUCUUAUUGGCUCGGAUUUCAGGGAUUUUCACACUUGUAGUAGAGUUGCAACAUAGACAAAUGGACGACGAUGGAGAAUUGGGGAUGUUCUUUCCUAGCUGGACCAGCAAGAAUCCUAUUGACACGGUUGAAUCUCGUGGUUUAAUGUUCUCUUGUUUUGUUGCUGCCCUUGUUGGUAUAUUGACCAUCGCCUACACUGCUUUUCAAUGGCGAAGAAAUAUUAAUUUAAGUUGGACGAAAGCCAUAGCCAGGUCAAAGAAAAAUCCAAAGGCACGACAUAAGGUUCCUGUUGCCCCACAUAGCUGGGAACUCGACCCUAUAGCUCGUGCGAAAAACUUGAACUGUUGUGUUUGCUUGAAGUCCAUGUCGCCAUCUCAGGCAAUUGUAGCUUCAGAAAGUUUUUUCCACAGGUGCACAAUCUGUGGAGCAGCAGCACAUUUUAACUGUUCUUCAAGUGCGCCAAAAGAUUGCAAAUGUGUCUCCAUGGUUGGAUUUGAGCAUGUGGUGCACCAGUGGGCAGUGCGGUGGACAGAAGGGGCUGAUCAGACUGAUGACUCCUCGUUUUGUAGCUACUGUGACGAGUCAUGUAGUAGCUCCUUUCUUGGGGGUUCUCCUAUAUGGUGCUGCUUGUGGUGUCAACGUCUUGUGCACGUUGACUGUCACAGUAACAUGUCAAAUGAAACUGGUGACAUUUGUGAUUUAGGCCCGCUUAGAAGGUUAAUAUUGUGCCCACUCUACGUUAAGGAAUUGACGCGGAAUCCCUCUGGAGGAUUUCUGAGCUCAAUCACUCAUGGUGCUAACGAACUUGCAUCUACCGCCCUUGCCAGUAUCAGGAUUCAAAGCAAAAAAUACAAGCAAACUAAUGAAACUUCAGCUGACACUGGUAAUAGUGGUAGCAAUUGCGAUGAAUCCACAGAAAGCACAGCUGAUACAGGUCCAACUGUUAAUGGCGCUCAUGCCGUACUGGAAAAUUCUAUCAGCGUUAUGAAUGGGGAUUCUUCUAACGGGGACAGUGACAGCAAUGGCAAGCUGGAAAAGAAGCCGAGUGUUAAAAGAACCGGGUCUUUUGGUCAGAAGGAAUAUCAUGCACUAAGGUCGAAACUUAAGUAUGAACUAGCUGAUUUGCCUUCAGAUGCAAGACCGUUGUUGGUUUUUAUUAACAAAAAGAGUGGUGCUCAACGAGGUGAUUCCCUUCGUCAACGUCUUCAUCUUCAUCUAAAUCCUGUGCAGGUAUUUGAAUUGAGUUCAGUGCAGGGACCAGAAGUGGGACUUUUUCUCUUCAGGAAGGUUCCUCACUUUAGAGUUCUUGUUUGUGGUGGAGAUGGCACCGCUGGUUGGGUAUUAGAUGCCAUAGAGAAACAGAAUUUUAUUUCUCCUCCUGCAGUUGCUAUACUGCCUGCUGGAACCGGGAAUGAUCUAUCCCGAGUAUUAAAUUGGGGUGGUGGUUUGGGUUCUGUUGAGAGACAAGGAGGCUUGUCGACAGUAUUACAGAACAUAGAGCAUGCUGCAGUCACUGUCCUUGAUCGUUGGAAAGUAUCGAUUCUGAAUCAACAAGGAAAGCAACUCCAGCCGCCAAAAUAUAUGAACAAUUAUAUAGGGGUUGGGUGUGAUGCUAAGGUUGCCCUUGAGAUUCACAAUCUACGGGAGGAGAAUCCAGAGAGAUUUUAUAGCCAGUUUAUGAACAAAGUCCUCUAUGCCAGAGAAGGUGCAAGGAGUAUAAUGGACAGAACAUUCGAAGAUUUCCCUUGGCAAGUUCGAGUUGAGGUGGAUGGUGUUGACAUCGAGGUUCCUGAGGAUGCGGAAGGAAUACUGGUUGCAAACAUUGGAAGUUACAUGGGAGGGGUGGAUUUAUGGCAGAAUGAAGAUGAAACAUAUGAAAACUUUGAUCCGCAAUCGAUGCACGACAAGAUAGUUGAAGUUGUGAGUAUAUCUGGGACAUGGCACCUUGGGAAACUUCAGGUCGGGUUGUCUCGUGCGAGAAGGCUAGCUCAAGGGUCAGCAGUCAAGAUACAACUUUGUGCGCCUUUACCAGUGCAAAUUGAUGGAGAGCCUUGGAAUCAGCAACCAUGUACCUUAACCAUAUCGCACCAUGGCCAGGUUCUUCUCUCCAUUUCCCUAACUUAGAUUCUGGAUUCAAAUCAAGUUUUCUACUGAGAAAAAGUUGCACUAGAUUGUAAAAGUUUGUGGUCUUCUGUUUUUUCUUAACUCCUCUAAAAGCUCGAACCAUUUUUUGUGAAACUGUUUUUAGUUUUCUCACUUACCUUCACUUGCACCAGGCUUUCAUGCUAAAGAGAGCCGCGGAAGAGCCACUGGGUCACGCAGCAGCUAUAAUCACAGAUGUUCUAGAGAAUGCAGAAACCAAUCAAGUGAUAAACGCUUCUCAGAAACGAACGCUGCUUCAAGAAAUGGCUCUACGGCUAACUUAAAACAGGGGAAAAAAAAAGAAAAGACAGAAGACAAAACCUUCCCUCUUCAACAACCAAUCAAUCAUCACUGGUUAGUUACAAAUAUUUACAAAUGCGUGUAUUUUACAUAUCUUGUACCUCUGCCUAAUGAAGGGAAUGUUAAAAAGUCUUGAAGAUCGAAAUCCGCUGAUUGACAAAGCGGGUUCUGUGUGGAAGUAGGAAAAAGGAACCAAAAAUUGGAAUCUGGUUCCUAGAUUUUUGGCUGUUCUCAUAGUGAAUGAAAGCAAAACGUGUUUAAUUAUCUCUGUCUUUCUCAUAUUUUAUUAUUAUGGGUUCCUUUUCUAUAUCAAAUAGAAUUUUGAGAAGAAUCAUGUAUGUACAUAUAGAUGAACCAUGUUCUUAAUUUGUGAUUAUUUUCUAGAAAUAGUAUUAUUAGGCUUCUUACUUCCUGUUCUUUUUGCUGCGUGUUUGUUCCUAAUGUUUACCAUUCAUAAAACUUUUGAAAUUAUGGGCUGAGU